AUGAACGCCCGUCGGAUGCUAGUGCUUGGGCUGGUGGUGGUGCUGAUUGUGGCGAGCGUGUGCGAAGCGCGGCGCCGGUUUCCCCUCCGCCGAAGGGGUCCAUCGCGCAAAACGCUCAAACAGCUGUACUACGAGUCGCGCGAAACCAACACGCCCAACUUUGUCCGGCUGGUGCUGAUGCGGCUGAUCUACGGCAUUGCCACCCAGAUGGGGGUCGAGGAGCGGCUGGACAACGUGUUUGGUGGCGCUUUUGUGCCACCGAAUGCCGCCGACGAGGGUUCCGAUUUCUUCGACGUGCUGAGCGACGAAAGUGGCGAAGACUUUAGCUUCGGUCUGUGA